GUAAAGUCUAUUCCUUUUUAAUAAUAUUAUUUUGGAGUCUAUGUAUAGUGGCUGUUCCAUUUCACUCGGUACUCUUUUGUUGUUGAAGCUUCCUCUAUCUUCAUCAUUUACUCUUGUUCUUGUGCCUGCAAACCAAAAACUCAAAAGUGAGAAUCCUGAGGAGGGAAAUGGAAGGGAAACUCGUGAGUUCAAGAUUCAAGAGGGUUUGUGUUUUCUGUGGCAGCAGUACUGGGAAGAGAAAUUGCUAUAGAGAUGCUGCCAUUGAGUUGGCCCAAGAGCUGGUGUCAAGGAGGCUGGAGCUUGUGUAUGGAGGUGGGAGUAUUGGGCUCAUGGGUCUGGUUUCACAAGCUGUGCAUCGUGGUGGGGGAAAAGUUCUUGGGAUCAUCCCCAGGACUCUAAUGUGUAAAGAGUUAACGGGUGAAACUGUUGGGGAGGUAAGGCCAGUAGCCGACAUGCACGAAAGAAAGGCUGAAAUGGCCCGCCAUUCUGAUUGUUUUAUUGCCCUACCAGGUGGGUAUGGAACUUUGGAAGAGCUGUUGGAGGUCAUCACUUGGGCUCAACUGGGUAUUCAUGACAAGCCUGUUGGUCUGUUGAAUGUUGAUGGGUACUACAACUACCUUCUCACUUUCAUUGACAAAGCCGUGGAUGAUGGGUUCAUCAAGCCAUCCCAGCGCCACAUCAUAGUGUCUGCUCCUAAUGCUAAAGAGCUUGUUCAAAAACUUGAGGAGUACGUGCCUGUGCAUGAUGGAGUCAUAGCAAAGGCAAGGUGGGAGGUUGAGCAACCACAACAACAGCAGCAACAACAGGUGGGGUUCAAUGCCACUACUUUGCAGACUGAGAUCGCUCUAUAAAGAGAGACAUGUGAAAAGAAAGAAGGAAAAAAAAAGUUUGGGGAAAAAGGUGCUUUAGUCUCUUGCUUUUGCUAAGUUUUUGGGUCAUAUACCAACCAUGCCAUAAUGGAAUGGUAGGGUUCAAUUGACUAAAGGGAGAUGCAACCCACCACAAGGAAAAAAGAAAAAGAAAAAAAAAAAGGGUAAUGGGGAAAAAAACGUUGACCAAAAGAAUUUUGGGUCUUUUUUGUAUGUGUGGUGGGAAGAAAGGAAGGGCCUAUCUUGGGUAUUUAAUUAGUUGGGUGUUUAAGCAUAUGUAUUUUGAACCUCGAAUUAUGUACAAAAGGAUUAUAUAGAAAGAACAAGAAGUAACAUCCAAAAA